CGGUAGUGUGUACAGUACACAACAAUAAGCGUUGCUGCGACUGCGCCGAGCAAUGGAGUAGGCAGCACAAAACUCGAUCCCAAUCCACAGAGUAGCGGAGCGGAGAGGGAGAGUCAGGAACAAUGGAGCGCGCGACGCAGUCCCUUGUGAGCAAUGUUGGGCAGCUGAUGGCCAACGAGUUCUGGCUGCUCCGCGCCGUGGGCAGCGAGGUCGGCGAGCUGAGGGACGAGCUGGCCACCAUGAACGCCGUCCUCCGGAUGCAGUCCGAGACCGAGGACGGCGCCGUGGACCACUUCAUCCGGGAGUGGAUGAAGCAGGUGCGCGAGCUGGCCUACGACGCCGACGACUGCGUCGACCUCUACAUACUCCGCAUCAAGCGCCGCCCGAGCGACGGCUUCCUCGUCAGGUCCAAGCGCCUGCUCGCGACUCUUUUCCCUCGCCGUCUCCUCGCCGGCAGCAUCAGGACCCUGCGCGCCCGAGCCAUCGCCAUCAGCGAGCGUCAUGCUCGCUACAGCGCUAGCUGCCAGGCACUACGCCCCUCGGCCUCUUUUGCCCCUGUGCCGGCGGUGUGGGCGGAGUCGGCCCAGGCCCUUCGCCCUCCCGACACCGACGACCCUGAUCAGUUCGUCGGCAUCCAGGAGCAGGCCAAGACCCUGGUCGCCAUGAUGGAGAAAGAGAAAGAUGACAAGCUCCAAGUUUUCUCCAUUGCGGGGUUCGGAGGGCUAGGCAAGACCACGCUAGCCAUGGAAGUUUGCCGGCAGCUGGAGGCCAAGUUCGACCGCCAAGCGCAAGUGUCCGUGUCUCAGGCGUUCGACGGCGGGAACGACCUGCGGGCACUGCUGAAGCGCGUUCUUGAGCAGAUUGUCACCGUCAAGUCAAAGAAUGAGAAAGUCACCGAGGAAGAAGAGAAACAGGAUUCCGUGGGUGACAUUGACGGAAUGGAUGUGGAGAAGCUCACCAGCACGCUCAAGGAACAACUCAAGGACAAAAGGUACCUUAUUGUGAUUGAUGAUGUAUGGACAAUAGCAGCGUGGGCUGCAAUUCUGUCCAAAUUACCAAAAACCACAUGUGGCAGCAGAAUCAUUGUGACCACUCGGAUAGAUAGUGUGGCAAAAGAAUGCAGUGGAGGUAGUGUAGGUAAAUACUACAGUAUCAAGCCGCUCAAUUUGGAAGACUCCGAGAAGUUGUUUAUUAGGAGAGCAUUUGGCCCCAAGAGUACCUCUUGCCCAGGUGAGCUGAAAGCUGCAAUGGAUAAUAUUUUGAAGAAAUGCAAUGGACUACCGUUGGCCAUUGUUAGCAUUGGAAGCCUUUUGGCAAGCUAUUCCUCUCCAGAGAGCAGCCAUAUGAGGGAAACAAUUUGUAGAUCAAUUGGUGCACAGAUGGAGAGCAACCCAACCCUUGUGGGAAUGAGGAAAAUCAUUACACUUAGCUUCAACUACCUGCCUCAUGACCUCAAGCGUUGCAUGAUGUACCUCUGCAUUUUUCCAGAGGAUUACCAGAUCAGCAAGGAUCGGCUCCUGAGAAGAUGGAUUGCCGAAGGAUUGAUACCUGAGAAGCGGGGGCUUACUUUGAUGGAGACUGCAGAGGCCUACUUCAAUGAGCUAGUGAAUAGGAGUAUGAUUGACCAAGCCGGCUGUAUAGUCACAUACUAUAAUAGGGUGGAUGUGUGUCAGGUGCACGACAUGAUGCUUGAGGUCAUGGUGUCCAAAUCCCUGGAGGCUAACUUUGUUAGCUUGGUAGGGGUUCAGUAUGAAGGGAUGUCAUAUGAUAUUGUCCGCCGCCUUUCCGUCCAUGAUUCAGAAAAUGGGGGGAAAUACUCUCAAUCCGAGAGAACAGCAACGGGGAGAGGUAUGGUGAACAUUAUUGAGGGGAUGAACGUGCAGCAUGUUCGAUCAUUGACCACAUUUCAGUACGAAGGCCACAAGUUGCUACUUGAUCAACUAGGAAAGUUCAAACUGCUGAGAGUACUUGAUCUGGAAGAUUGCAAGGACCUAUUGAACAAGCAUUUGAGGUACAUUUGCAAGAUGUACCUUCUUAAAUUCUUGAGCUUGAGGGGUACGGAUAUCAGUUUAUUGCCUCCUGAAGUCUGCAACCUAGAGUGAUAGGCUAAAAGCUUCACUGAUCCAUGCAGCGAAGGAGCUAAAAGCUGAGAGUGAUAGGCGCAGCAACUCCAGUCUGUUCCCAUUCACGGUUGUAGUGAGAUACAGUUGAUCCCUCUCUCCUCUGUUCUUCCUGCACACGAGUUGGUCUUGGUGGGUUAAUUUGUUUGUCCGUUUUGUUAUCUUAGUCAAGAUGUUGCUGCUGCACAUGUUUUCAUCAGAACUGUUCAAGAAGUAGUUAUGGUGCGUGAAUUAUCCC